AGACGGCCGGGAGCUGUAGCGUCGAGCCCUGCCGCUGUACAGGAUCAGGAAGAAUCAGUGCAGGAUCAAGAAGAAACUACCGCAGCUAAACUACACCACGGAUAUUUUGCUCGCGCAGUACCGGACCGACAGAGACGGCACUACACCGUGUGAUUCGCCAUGACGACUGAAUCAGGAGCGGACUCUGAGCCCCAGCAGCAGCAGCAGGAGAAAGGAGGGAAGGAGAAGCAGAGAAAGUUGAAGGCAGUGGAACACUUCCCAGCCGCCGCUGGACACAGCACACCAGCCAGAAGUAACCAGUCUGAGGACCUUUCGUCUACCAGAUCAUCUACCAGUCGCCUGUCAAUCAAGUCUCCACUGAGGGGAGUCAAGAAGCUGAAGAACACGCAGUGUAAAAUCACCCUGCUAGAUGGCUCCGAUUACACCAUGACGGUGGAUAAACGAGCCAGAGGCCAGCUGCUGUUUGCCAAGGUGUGUGACCGUCUGAACCUGCUGGAGACGGACUACUUUGGCAUAAUGUACCGCGACGUGGAGAACCAGAAGAACUGGCUGGACCCUAACAAGGAACUGAAAAAGCAGAUAAGGACUGGCCCCUGGAACUUUGCCUUCAACGUCAAGUUCUACCCCCCAGACCCUGCCCAGCUCUCUGAGGACAUUACCAGGUACUACCUGUGUCUCCAGCUGCGUGAUGACAUGGUGUCUGGUCGUCUCCCCUGUUCAUUCGCCACCCACACCUUACUGGGCUCCUACACGGUCCAGUCAGAGCUGGGGGACUACGACCCCGAGGAGACGGAGUACGACAGUGAGCUCCGCUUCGCUCCCAACCACACCAAGGAACUAGAGGACAAGGUCAUGGACCUACACAAGAACCACAAAGGGAUGACGCCAGCUGAAGCAGAGAUGCACUUCCUGGAGAAUGCCAAGAAACUGUCCAUGUACGGAGUAGAUCUCCAUCACGCUAAGGACUCUGAAGGCAUAGAGAUCAUGCUAGGAGUGUGCUCCAGUGGUCUCCUCAUCUAUAGAGACAGACUGAGAAUCAACCGCUUCGCCUGGCCCAAGGUCCUGAAGAUCUCCUACAAGAGAAACAACUUCUACAUCAAGAUACGCCCCGGAGAGUUUGAGCAGUUUGAGAGCAUGAUUGGCUUCAAGCUCCCCAACCACCGUGCAGCCAAGAGACUGUGGAAGACAUGUGUUGAGCACCAUACAUUCUUCAGACUGGUGUCUCCGGAGGCCCCGCCUAAGAAGUUCCUAGGUCUUGGUUCUAAGUUCCGCUACAGCGGUAGAACCCAGGCUCAGACCCGGAGAGUGUCCUCUCAGAUCAUCAGGACCGCGCCCAUCUUCCAACGCUCCUCCUCCAAACGCUACACCAUGUCGCGCAGCCUCGACGGAGCCCCCGUAACAGAGAACCACCACACCCUGAUGAGAGACGCUACACCAGUCAAAGAUGUCGCCACGGGAGACCUGAUCACCACGGUAACCCCAGAGAAGAAGGCAGAGGCGGAGAAGGCUGAGGAAGAGGCGGGGCAGACCAACGCCACAGAAACGGAUCAAAAUGUCAUCUCAACCCCGCUUAGACACGACAACAAGCGCUCCCCAUGUCUGCACUCUUCUGACCCCCUCCGCUCUGAGCUCUCCCUCCCCUCCUCCCCCGUGGCCUCCACUAAGGUCCGUCGGCGGCGCAAGGAGAACGCGUCCCGUAAACGCUGUGCGUCCGUCAGCCCGGCUAAAUCCUCGGCGGGAUGCCGUCGGCGCCAGGCCAAAGCGGACCGCGCCACCGCCCUCCUAGAGGAGCAGGUGUUACUCCUGUCGGCCCGCAAACAGCGUCUAGAACAGCUGAAGGCACACAGGAGGCGGAGCGGCACUCUGUUCUCCUUCUCCCUGCACCUCCCCGACCUCUCUUCCUACCUGGAUGAGGACGGUUACCUCACCUUCCCCGACAUCACGGAGCUCACCUUCCUCCCUGAGAGUGUGCAGCACUUCCGGCCCUUCAGGUCACCCUCUCUCAUCCCCUGCUUCCUCUUCCUCUUCUUCUUCCUCCUGUCCACGUCGUUCUCGGUGCCCUACGCCCUCAUGCUGUCCUUCCCGCUGGCGCUGUGCCUGUGUUACCUGGAGCCCAGGGCGGCUUCCCACACCGCCUCCAUCGCUCAGGGCCUACAUCACCAUGACAGUUGUUCAGAGGAAGAGGAAGAGGAAGAGGAAGAGACGGACAGCGAGCGAACUGACCUUGCCUUCGACGGGGAAACCACGGCCACUGAGUCGGAGCCAGAGGAUGAUUUCUCUGAACUGAGGACACAGGACACAGAGGCGUCGGAGGAGCAGGUGAAGCACCAGAGAGACAUCAGCGAACUGGAGCGCUCCUUCCUAGAGACACUAGGUGGUGCUGAGGCCGCGGGACUGACAGAGUGGGAGAAGAGACUGUCCUCGUCUUCUCCGGCACGCUCCCACAGCGGGGGAGUGGAGGAGGCACCUAUGAUAGAACCACUACACACCCCACAUGACCCAGAGGAGGAGGUUCCUGCUGCUGAGGAAGAUGUGCAGCAGGAGGUACAAGCCAAUGGCAUUGAGGCUACAGACAAGACAGGCAUGGUGGACCCUAGUGAUGUCAUGGUGGGGGCGGGGACUGCUGGAGCACAGGGAGGUUGCCUGAUGACUCUGCGUGACACCUUGGAGGACGUCACCAGUGACUGGAUGGACAGAGAGACGGACGAAGAGAAAGAGGACGGAGAAGGAAAGAAGUCUCCAGAGCUAAAUAUCAGUCCAGGGACAGUCAGACAGGAAGUCUCUACGGCCAUCUUGGACAAGAGAGGAACACUCAUCAUCCUGAGGGAAAUGGAGUCUGAAGACAAGAUCAACGCCAGUGACAAAAUGUAUGCCAGCGCCAUCUUCACUGAUACCAACCAGGAUGAAGGAGGGGGGAAUCUUUCCAUCAAGGAGGAUGACGAUGGAGAUGGAGAUCGUCUGACCCCAUCGAAGGAGAAAGAUACCCAACUCACCUUGAAUGAGGAAGACACUGGUGGUGAGGUAGAUGCUGAGACCAUGUCUAAGGAGUCCAGCAACAAGAGAGAGAUGUCUCUCAACUUAAACCAGACUAAGACUGAUGAAGAAAUGAGUGAUGUUAACUCACUUCAGAAGACCGAAGCUCCGUAUUCCUUUGAGGUCAUCACAAAGACAGAUGAAAGGUCAGAGGUCGCCAGCAUGUCACAUGAGGAGGUGACAGACUUAGAACUGAUUACCCGGGAUGCACCACUACAGAGAGAGGAGUCGGCGGGAGGCCUGGACGAAGCUCGGAGCGACCUAUCACAGUCGAGCUUCGCCAACGGUCAAUUUGACACCAAAACAUCAUCUGGAUCUCUAGCUGUGUCUGUCCGUCAGUCUUCGCUGGGACGGGUCCCCUCUGUAACCAAGAGCUCAGCUGGAGAGGAGGAGGAGACAGGAGGGCGCCAGGAGGCGGCUGAGACAGCACCUACGAAACCCGAGGCUGUGCCAGCGGAGGAGUCGGCCGCCAAGGAGAAUCCUGUAGUCCACGCAGAGACUAAAACCAUCACCUACGAGUCAUCAGAGGGCGACACCGACCGUGACGCUGACCCCGGUGUUCUGAUGAGCGCUCAGACCAUCACCUCGGAAACCACCAGCACCACGACAACCACACACAUCUCUAAGACGGUGAAGGGAGGGGUCUCUGAGACCAGGAUAGAGAAGAGGAUUGUCAUCACAGGAGACGCAGGAGAUAUCGACCAUGAUCAGGAGUAAGGACAGUUCUAUAUUCCUUUGGUGGAAGGACUCCCUCCUCCAACCUCCAGCAUCCAACUCCCAACAUCACGAUGGGUUUCAUUACAUUACUGUGCUGCCUGCUAAGGCCCCGUUAUAACUAUAGUGGUGACUACAGCGCCACCCUACUGUCCUACAGACAGUCUGCCCUAUAGAAAUAUCAUCUAUAGAACGGGCUUCACCCAUUCAAGUCAAUGAUGGCAUAAUAGAUUGUAAUUCUAUGCUCUGCUCUCUACGGACCCGAUCCGUGUGCUUAACUUGUACUUUGUCUAAAUCAUGCGUUGAUGUCAACGGGAGAAAAAAAAAAAGUAUAAUUACGUCGUCGGAUCUUAACUUGACAUUCCUAUCAUCAGUCACAUCCGUUAUUAUCAACAGGCAUAUUGCAUGAGAAAAGACUAAGCGCUUUAGCAUUAUUAUGGAAAAUAAUUAUAUCCAAUGAAUACUCCCAGAACUGUCGGAUAAUAAACAAUGAUAUCAGAUUACUACUUCCAAACGGUCAGAUGAUAAACAAACAGGUUAUUUUGUCCACCCACCUCCACACUGAACUCUACAAUAGGAAAAUAAAAUGAUUGAUUCAUUCACCGCCUUAUUACCGAUUUGGGAUGAGUUUUUAAAAAUGAUAAUUGAAUUGUAAUUAUUGUAGCAGCAUUGUUUCUUUUCUUUAUGAAAUGAAAAGCCAUCACUCCAAACAGGUAAACUGCUGUAGGCUUUACGUGAGAUGUUAGAUCAUACAACAGUUUUAUUGUUAUCAUAGCAACCUAGAAAAUAGUAAAAGUGCCGCCAUCUUCUCCACUCCAUUACACCUCAGAGAUUUACAGUUAAAAAAUUGAAAUAAAUUAAAUCAACUUUUACAAAUUCAACAUGGUCAAGUACUGUAAUGUGCUUUCCUGGGCAACAAAAACUACAAACAACGGCAGAUUAUAUCUUCUGUAUUCUGCAACACAUUGUUUCAUUCAUGAUGUUCUACUUGUAUUGUUAUUCUUUUGUCAAUUAUCGUUUGUCCGUAUUUUCCCAUCCUCCAUUGAUCAAAUUAUUCAGCACAUUUGAAUAAUUGAUUUGAAUAAUUGAUUUGAAUCAUUUAAAUAAUUGAUUUGAAUCAUUUGAA